CUGUCACUUUGAGUGUUCAAGAUCAACCAGAAUAGUUUUUUCUGAAUCGAUUGCUUGAAAUAUUGAUUGGUGUGAUGAAUUUUCGCGUAAAUAUUAAUAUUUGUCGUGUUUGUAUGAAGACGAAUGAUGGCACAUCGCUCCUGGAGAAUAAGGAAUUGGGCGAGAUGUUUGUGUUUACAACGGGCUUGAAGCUGAACGGGAGUGAUGACAUGCCCGCCCUAAUAUGUAGCAAAUGCUCAAAGCGUCUCCACAUAGCCAAUGAUUUUGUAAAGUUGGCUCAUGAGACAGAGAAAAAUUUGAAAGCAUUUCUCUCGAAGAUUAGUAAAGAUUUUCAAUUGGUUACAAACAACAUUUCUGAUAAAAGUAAAAUCAACGAAGAAGACGAAGAUGACGAUUUGUUGUCAGCGAUUCUUGAAGACGAAAGUAUCAAUAAAACACCCGAAGAAUCAAAACAGACCUUCUCAAAGUGUGUGCUUGUGCAAAAGACUAACGGUGCUGUUUGCGCUUCCCAGGUAUCCAGUAACAGAAAAAUAACUAUCAGGGAUAAGUCAAAAAAUGAGAUGCAAGAAAGCCAACUGCUACCAGAAUUAAAGAAUGCAAAACGUGCUGCUGGAAAUAUGUCACCGGAGGGCGGCGUAGAUAUGGACAGUAACUUGAUAGGAGUAAACGCUAAAACAGUAGAUACAAAUAUUGGCAUACAACAAUUUAAAUUAUACAAACCCGAUGUGCAAAUGAAAAUAGAGUCACAGGAGGUGGGGAACACAUCAAAUUUGAAUAUUAAAUGCAGCAUAGAUUUCAGUGGAGCUGGGAAUGGGCAGCCUGCUGCGAGUGAUGAACUUCAAAAUGAAGAUUCUCCAAGUCAUGAAAUACCAAUUCUUGAAUACACCGAUGAAGAAUCUCAAACAGAAUUGGAAAUUUUAGAAGAGAAUCUACAACCAAGUGACGAUACACGCAGUUGUUCCAGUGCAGUGGAAGAGCAAGCGGCUAGAAGUGAUGGUUAUUUCAAGGAAUAUCAAGCGAUGCUACAGGAGGGUGACGAGUACUUAGAAGAUAACAGUUCAGAGCAUAGCAAAGCGACAACAUCCAAUGACUUACAUUUGGAUGAUGACACUGACGAAUUAUCGGACAAUGGAUAUCUCGCUGUGAAAAACGUUGAGGAGGCGCACAUUGAUGAAGAACAUCUUGUCGAUUCGCCAUCACAUACGCAGCCAGUAACCGAAAAUAUUACAAUCGCUGAAAAGGAAGUAAAGCUCAAACCGCGCAAAACUCAAAGUAGAACAAAUGGCCGUGGUGCAAGUUCCAGGUCAGCGAAACAAGAUGACGGAUUAAGUACUUCAAAGCGCUUCCUCUGUUUUAAAUGUAAUCGCGACUUCAGCACCAAAACCAAUCUUACACGGCAUAUGGCAACACAUGAAGGCAAUCGGCCAUUUCAGUGCAAUGUGUGCAAUAAGAGUUUCACGCAGAAUGUAUCACUCAAACAGCACAUGUACACGCACACUGGUGAGAAGCCAUACCGGUGCGAGGUUUGUAAUCGCGGCUUUACGCAAUGCAAGAGCCUGGUGUUCCACAUUCGUAGACACACAGGCGAAAAACCGUUUCCUUGUGAAAAGUGCGGAGCACUCUUUAGACAAAAGGAUGGUCUAAAGACUCAUAUACUUAAAAGGCAUACGAUCAAGUCACAAGACGAGCUAACUACAUGCGCCAUCUGUAAGGAGUUGCUUCCCGACAACACCGUUCAAGAACACAUGAAAAAACAUCUCAAUGACUAUGUGCGUGUUGACUCUGUAAUGUCAUGCGCGAACCGUGAGGCAAAUACAGACGACGACUCGGAUAUGCUACUCGAGUAUAUAGACGAUGACCCACUACAUGAAAAAUCCACCGUCUUUAUACGAGGCGAUUCUGUGGCAGAGAGUGCAGAUGAUAUAGGUUCAGAAGCGCAUGUUGUAGAUUUAAUGACAACGUCAGCGUUGGAACCAAGCCGUGCCAAGAAAUACCAGUGCCGCAAAUGCUUCAAAUGCUUUGCCAUCAAAAAAAAUCUUAUUCGCCAUUUGACAACCCACAACGUACCGGUUAGUUUGGAUAUGGGCAGCAGCGACGAGUUACGUGCCCCCACGUCGAAGGAGGCCAAUAGCCCCGAAGAAGUCUAUCAGUGCGAACUAUGUGAAUUGAUGUUCGACAGCACAGAAGAAAUGCUUAAGCACAGUAAUUUAGAUCACGCUUUUAAAUGCGACGAAUGUCCACAAUUGCAAUUCACAUCACGUCGGCUACUCUCCGAGCACAUGAUGAAGCAUGGAUUAAGUGGCAUGCAUAUGGAUGUAUGUCGUAUCUGCGCAGGAUCUAAGCAUCUGAAAUGUUUUCAAGGCAACGAGCAACUGACAGAAUUAUUGAAAGUUUGCGCCAACGUAACGGUAAAAGAAGAUGAUAUCUUACCAAAGCAUAUCUGUGAACAGUGCGAGUUUGGAUUACGUUUCUCAUACAGUCUCCGGAAACAAAGUGAGGCAACGGAGAGGCGUCUACGGCAAGGAAUGGUAAUGCCAGCUAUUAGUACCACCGCUCAUGUUCAAGAAACGAUUGUUUUGGAUGAUGAUGAACCGGAACCGCCCUCAUUGACUGUAAACAACAACAGCCAAGAGCGAACCGCAUCCGAUUUGAGUAUAAAUAUUUGCACUUCAACAAAUGAAGUGCGCGAAGAUUAUUCCACUGCAAAUGCGGUGCCAUCGGCACAGGAAAUACUUGCAGCUAAACGUUUACGACUGGAUAUUGAUGACCAGCAGGUAAUAGCCGAAAAGCGUAUACAAUUGGAAUAUGAUGCGCAAGGCCUGGAUGAUUACACAAAUGAAGAAAUACAAUUAGACGAAGAAGUGGCGAACGCACAUUUUGAUUUGAAUGAAGCGAUGAACGAUUGCGAUGAUGUGAUUGAACUAAUCGAUGAUGAUGAUGAUUCGCUUAUGUUAGAGUCACCACGGGAAGAAAAUCCACAAGAAAGCGACUAUAACAAGUUGAAUGCAAAUGAUGGUCAAACCCAGGACUUAAUUGAAGAAAUACUGUCGUCGGGUGAUGACGAGACAAACCGAAAUGAAUUCGAUGAAAAUGCAACUGUAGAGUUGAAGCCUCAAGGAGAUCAAGCGGAUAUAGUGUAUGAGAAUUUAGAUGAUGACGGUGAAGAAUCAAUUGAUAUCGACGAUUGUCAAAUAGAUUUUACGAAAGAAGAGCGCGAAGAUGACGAUUGCGAUACGUAUUUCGAAAAUGAAUCGAACAAAACACAGGAAACUGAGGUCGCAAUAGAUGAUGGCGAUUCUACUUCACAAGAAAAGCAAGCGGAACAAGAAGAGGAAGUAGCUAGUGGGACAACGUUUAAAAUGCACAAAGGAAAGGUCUUAUCCUACAACUGCGACACCUGUAAUUUGGAUUUCGAUUCACAUCGAGAAUAUCGCGACCAUGUAAAAACGCAUGGUGCUAAACGUUUUUGUUGCAAGCAAUGCGACAAGUGGUUCCCACACAUUUCUCGACUUGAAAGACACGCCAAAUCGCAUCAAAUGGAUGGCGAGCGACUGUCGUGCCCGCACUGCGACCGCACCUAUCGAUCACGUUGCAACUUGACGCGACAUCUGCGUAGUGCACACGACGUAAAUACUGCGCUAUGUCCCGUUUGCGGCGAGGCAUUUGGACGCGGUGAUAUUCUGAAGAACCACAUGGCCACUCACUCAAACGAUCGCGAAUAUCAGUGCGAUAAAUGUCCCAUACGAUUCAAAACGAAAAUCUCUUUCACUAAGCACGUUCGUAUGCACGCAAAAGUUGAGGAUGUGGAAAAAUCAAAACCUGACGAUGAUACGACGGCGAAAAAGUCCUUCUGCUGUCACUUUUGUGGCAAGAUAUCCAAACACUAUUUUACCCACAAAAUGCACAUGCGCAUACAUGCGCACGAGCGGCCUCACAAGUGCGACGCAUGCGGUAAAUCAUUUUGCACUGUGGCCGCGCUAAUUACGCAUGAACGCAUCCAUGACAACGUGCGGCCAUAUCAAUGUGAACACUGUCUGCUCUCCUUUCGACAGCAGGCGCAUCUCAAGGAGCAUCGCAUGAUACACGAAGGUAUUACGCCACAUGUCUGUAGUAUUUGUAAACUGGCUUUUACGAAAAAGAACAAUAUGCUGGUGCAUAUGCGCAUUCACUCGGGAGAAAAUCCGUACAAGUGCGUCAGUUGUGGUGAACAAUUUAAGAAAUCAGCACAGUUACGAAAACACAAUAAAUCUGUGCACAACAAAGAAGUUGAUGAUCAAGUUAAGGAAACCGAGAAGUUAGAUAAAGCUGGGAAUGACGAAGAAGUUAAUGAAAAAGAAGACGAAGACGAAGAAGGAGAGGAAGAAGAGGGAGAAGAAGAAGAGGAGCACGAACAAGAAAAUCAGCAAGAAAAUCUGCACGAAAAAGAUAAUGAAAGUCGCUUUGCAGAUUUAGCUUCAGAGCAGCUGUUUAGCGACAGCAAUAGUCUUGAGGUAAUAGAAGCGGAAAAUGGGUCAGCCAUACAAAAGGGCAUUGCCGCAGAAAUAUCUGGCGUGACGAAGAGUGCUGAGCUGGUUUCAUGUAUUAGCAAUAAUUUUUCGGAUGAUUUUAAUGUCGAUGAUGACAAUGGUGUUGUACUGGUAGUGGACGACAACGCUAAAUUCAAUAGCCUGUUUAUAAUGGACGAUUAAUAUUUAUGUGCACAUUAAUUUACUAUAUAGGCCUCUUCUUUCCGCCAAGCGUUCGCAAGUGGCGAAUAGAUGCAGCAACUGGUUAAAAUAAACAUAUCUGGGCAGUGCUGGAAUAGAGCGGCCUGAAAUUCCAUUUGUUUGUAAAAUAGAGGGUGAUACUAGUUUAAUGAGUUAGAUCAGAUUAAUGAGUUAUACCAGAGUAAUGAGUUAUACCAGUUUGAUGAGUUAGACCAGUUAAAUGAGUUAUACCAGUUAAAUGAGUUAUACCAGUGUAACGAGUUAUACCAGCUUAAUGAGUUAGACCAGAUUAAUGAGUUAUACCAGAGUAAUGAGUUAUACCAGUUUGAUGAGUUAGACCAGUUUGAUAAGUUACACCAGUUAAAUGAGUUAUACCAGUGUAACGAGUUAUACCAGCUUAAAGAGUUAGACCAGCUUAAUGAGUUAUACCAGCUUAAUGAGUUAUACCAGAGUAAUGAGUUAUACCAGUUUGAUGAGUUAGACCAGUUUAACGAGUUAUACCAGUUUAAUGAGUUAUACCAGUUUAAUGAGUUACACCAGUUGAAUGUGUUAAACCAGUUUAAUUAGUUACACCAAUUUAAAGAGUUAUACCAGUUUAAUGAGUUAGACCAGUUCAAUGAGUUAUACCAGUUUAAUGAGUUAUACCAGUUAAAUGAGUUAUACCAGUGUAACGAGUUAUACCAGCUUAAUGAGUUAUACCAGUUUAAUGAGUUACACCAGUUGAAUGGGUUAUACCAGUUUAAUGAGUUAUACCAGUUUAAUGAGUUAGACCAGUUUAAUGAGUUAUACCAGUUUAAUGAGUUACACCAGUUUAGCGAGUUACACCAGUUUAAUGAGUCAGACAAGUUAAAUGAGUUAUACCAGUUCAAUGAGGUAUAACCAUUCUCGCUAGCGGCGACUCUCACUCGCGCACAUGCAACUUUUUCGUCGAGUUCAGUCGAGCAGAGGGAUAGCGAGCAGAGAAGUGGCGAAUGGAAGGCGCCUAAUAUAUAUUAUGUAAGGUACAUAUCGCUGUUAACAUUUAGUUGGUUAUUUUUUAAUUUUUACUCUAUCGAUGGUAUAAAUAUUAGGCUAAUUCAAAUGUUUACAUUUUUUAACUACAAAAAAAAAUUAAGAAAAAAACCAUACAUAUUGUAUAUUCAUAUCUCC